AUGACAUCGGGCUAUCAAGUUCAAGAAUGCCUCGAUUGGGCCACUGCAAAUGGUGCAGUUAUAGAUGAUUCAUUGGAGUUCAAGAUCACAAAUUCAGGGAUAUCCGUCUUCGUCAAAUCCAGGAUCGAAGGCAGAAGCCAACCGUUAAUAUCCAUCCCCAAGAAGCUUCUGAUUACCAGAGAGAUGGCUAUCAAGUCUUUGGGAGAGCUUGGUUCCAAAAACUUGGGACCUAAUGCGCUAACCCAACUGUUUUUGGCCAAGCUGAUGUUUGCAACAGACACGGGGCCAAAGGAUGCAGAACUUCAGCAGUUUUUCAAGCCCUAUCUGUCUGUGUUACCAACGCACAAGGAAAUGCACACACCAUACUUUUGGACUAAUUCAGAGCUACUGCUUCUGCGUGGCAUGGACAUUUAUCUGAAAGCGAAAAAGAAUUUGCGGCAGCUGGUGAACGAGUGGCACGAGCUGGUGACGGCCGGCGAGUUGCGUAACGAUACUAAGUUCUAUGAUCUAUUUAACAGCUCUGAAAACUUUGACGCGGGGGAGUACAUUAGCAACCAGUUGGCUGACCCAACCACCACUGAUUGGACAGACUUUCCGGCAUACCUGUGGGCGUCCUCUAUUUUCUCAUCGAGAGCAUUCCCAACUCUUAUUCUAGGCACAACAACGGACCUCAACGAGGCAUUCUUAAACCCGAUCAUUGAUCUACUAAACCACUCAGCCGGUACAAAUGUCACAUGGUCAUACAAUGAGCAAGUCGCUGCUGUUACAUUCUCAACGGCACAGACCCUUGAAACAGGCGAUGAACUAUACAACAACUACGGCGAUAAAUCCAAUGAUGAGCUUUUGCUGAAUUAUGGGUUUGUUCUUCCCAAUAACGAGCAUGACAAAUCCACACUGUGUUUCAGGAUUCCUAGUGAAAGUAUAAGCCAGGCGGCGCGCGUCGGUGUAAAUCUACAGGCUGCCUAUAUUUUCGAUGACAUGAUUAGCUACGAGCUUCCAGUGUCUGGAGAGCUAUCACCGUCGAUAGUCAAUCUUUUCUCAUCAUUAAAUAUGUUGAAAUCUGAAGAGUUUCUAACCGUGAGAAGUACCCUGGAAGGGCUAGAUCAGUUAUCAUCCAUUUUGCAGCAAAAGAUUGAGGCUUUAAAGUCACCAACAGCAACCUUGAGUAAUGGCUCGAACCAUAACGCUGCCAAACUUUUCAAACUUUAUAAAGCAUCCCAGAAGAAAAUCUUCCAAGCAGCGUUCGACUCAAUUCCUAGACUUCAGAAGGAAAUCAUAAAGGCCCAUAAACCUCUCUCUUUCAAAAGUGUACUGAAAAAUGAUCGCCUUUUUGCAAACAGUGCUUUGCUUGCUUUAGGAGUUACUAGUUAUGACGAUAUGCUCAAGAAGGGAAUGGAAAGAAGGCUCAUUUUACUCUGGCUCGUUCGGGUGGGGAAUAAGCAAAGCUAUAAAAACACAGAGUAUCAACUACCGGAUUUCAUCCAUACAAUGUUCCAAGAAGUUAAGCGCAAUAUCGUAGUUGAUAAGGAUGACGUUAUGGAGUAUAUGAACUUCUACAAAAGUUUAUUUCCCCAACUGGGAUCGAAGAUCCCCGAGGUUUAUGGAACAGGUGACUGGUCAAUAAAGCAGUUUAUAGUUGCUGGUACAGUCAUGGACCGCCUAAUGUGGACUAGAGGAACAUCUAGAGAGCCGUUGUUUUUUGAGCGUAAGCCAUUCCAUCAAUAA